UACAGAGUAAAUUCUAAUCAUUUAUUUAUUUUUUUAACAAUAGCAGCUUUCCACGGUGCACUUCUCCAUUGAUAGAAGAUCUGACUUCUUUGAAUUUUUUCCAACUGGCCUCCUCCUCCUCACACUGGACUAGUGUGUGCCUGCCUCAGCUUUCUGGGAACUACUUACCUACCAAGCUUUAGAAGAGUUUUCUAACUGCGGUCCGAUCGUUAGCCUUUCAGAGACCAUCAUGGGUUGCAUGUUAAAUGUAUUAAAGUGGAUGUGGUACCACAGAAACUACAUCAUCAUCGUCGUCACUCCACUCGCUUUUCUUCCUCUGCCACUUGUCAUCCCCACCUCUGAAGCAAGAUGUGGCUAUGCAAUCAUCCUGAUGGCUUUGUAUUGGUGCACAGAGUGUAUGCCUCUGGCUGUGACUGCUCUUCUCCCUGUCGUCUUAUUUCCGAUGAUGGGCAUCAUGAAAGCUGGAGAUGUCAGUGUUGAGUAUCUAAAAGACUCAAAUAUGCUGUUCGUUGGUGGGCUCCUGGUGGCCAUAGCAGUGGAGCACUGGAGCCUUCAUAAGCGCAUUGCUCUGCGAGUUCUUCUUCUUGUUGGUGUUCGUCCAGCCCUGUUGAUGAUGGGCUUCAUGAUUGUGUCAGCCUUUCUGUCCAUGUGGAUCAGCAACACGGCCACAACAGCCAUGAUGCUGCCCAUUGCUCAAGCUGUGUUGCAGCAGCUUCAGGCAACAGAGGCUCAGGCGGAAGAACGAGAGUUCUCAGCAGAGGAUAACCCUGGGUUUGAGUUGGAGACCAGAGAAGUCAAGGAGGAAAUCACAGAUGAAAAAAUGCCAGAGACAAAGUUGCCCUUGGAGAAUGGUGUGGCCGAGCAUCAAGUGCCUCCAGAGUCCACGCAGGAGUUGAGGAGAAAAGCCAUGGAGGCAAAGUACGAGCUCUUGACUAAAGGGAUGAGUCUGAGCGUUUGUUACUCUGCAAGUAUCGGAGGAACUGCUACUCUUACGGGAACCACCCCCAACCUCAUUCUCAAGGGUCAAAUGGACAAACUCUUCCCUGACAAUGGAGAUGUGAUCAACUUUGCCAGCUGGUUUGGAUUUGCCUUCCCCAACAUGGUGCUCAUGCUGGUGAUCUCCUGGCUCUGGCUUCAGUUCUUGUUUCUUGGCUUGAACCUGAAGAAAACAUUUGGUUGUGGCACGAAAAGUGACAGAGAUAAGGAGGCGUAUGCUGUGAUGAGAGACGAGUACAGGAAACUUGGCGGUAUGAAGUUUGCUGAGGGAGCAGUUCUCACCAUCUUCAUUCUGCUAGUGCUCCUCUGGUUCACCAGGGAGCCGGGCUUCAUACCCGGCUGGGCAACAGUGCUCUUCAACAAGGACGAUUCAUUUGUGACAGAUGGAACAGUGGCCAUUUUCAUGUCAAUGCUCUUCUUCGUCAUCCCUUCUCGGCUGCCCAAGUUUGGCAGCUAUGGUUUCACCGAAGCAGGAAAGAGGAUUAAGGCGCCUCCAACCCUGCUGAACUGGCAGGUGGUGCAUGAGCGGAUGCCUUGGAACAUCAUCCUGUUGCUGGGUGGAGGAUUCGCUCUGGCUGCUGGCAGUGAGGCUUCAGGUUUGUCCGUAUGGUUGGGAGAAAGUCUGACGCCGCUGCAGAAAGUGCCCCCCUUUGCAAUCUCCAUUCUGCUCUCUCUGUUGGUGGCAACUUUCACUGAAUGCUCCAGCAACACGGCCACCACCACUCUGUUCCUGCCUAUACUUGGUUCAAUGGCCUCAGCCAUCGAGAUACACCCUCUGUAUGUGAUGCUGCCUUGCACUAUCGCCGCCUCACUAGCUUUCAUGUUGCCUGUGGCAACACCACCCAACGCCAUUGCCUUCUCUUUUGGAAACCUCAAGGUUGUUGACAUGGUGAGAGCUGGAUUCAUGCUCAACAUCAUUGGGAUCCUCUGCAUUAAUUUAGGAAUCAACACCUGGGGAUAUGCCAUGUUUAACAUGGGCACGUUUCCUCAGUGGGCCAACACCACACACAGUCAACCCUGAGCUUCAAAGAGGGGUGGAAUU